AUGAAAGAAGUUCCACAGGUCUUCCAGGCAGCAAUCCAUGGGUACUACGCCUACCAUAUAUACCGAAACUUGGUGGAUACGUUCAAAGACAAGUCAUUGGAAAUCUACUACUGGCAGGCUGUAAAGACUUGUAGGAGGGCUGAUUUCGAUAAAUUCAUGCAUCAUAUCGAACUUGCCAACCCCCUAGUACAUGCAUGGCUAAGGGAAAUAGGUUAUGAAAAGUGGGUAUCUUCGCAUUUCCCAGGAAAAAGGUUCAAUUUGGUGACUACAAACAUAGUUGAGUGUGUUAACGCUCUAUUCAAAGAAGCACGAGAAUAUCCAGUGACUAUGCUGAUAGAGACGGUCAGAUUGAAAAUUCAAGAGAUGUUUUGUAAAAGAAGAGAAUUAGCCUCAUCAUUUGUUGGACCGUUGACACCGUGGGCCGAGAAACAAAUAAAGGAUCUCAUACCGAAGGCACGAGAUGUUCGUUGCCACGCAAUUUCCCGAGAUGAAUACUAUAUUGUGGGAGACUACAAUGAUACCGUCAAACUCAAUGAGUUUUCAUGUACUUAUCGCGAGUUUGAAGUAAAGGGUUUGCCUUGUUUUCAUGUUCUUUCAGCAUGUAUAAACUACAAUCUUCUUCAUUACUCGUAUUGCUCCCCGUUGUACACGGCGAGGAAUUAUCAGAUCACCUAUGAAAAUUCGGUGUACCCAGUACGGGACCAAAGUCAAUGGGAAAUUUCUCCUGCAUUCAAGGAGUACUGUUCGAGAAUCCGGCCUCCGCUACAGAUGAGGUCAGCUGGAAGACCAAAGAAGGCACGAAUCCUUUCCCGUGGAGAGGAACGAACUACAAAAAUAUGCGGACGUUGCAAACAAACGGGUCAUAAUCGUCGGAGCUGCAAAUUUCCAAUACCUUCCAAAUAA